AUGAAGGCACUACGCAACCCACCGUGCCGGCAGCAGGGUCUUUGCCGGCACCCACCAUGGUUAACGGUGCAGCUGCAGCUGCAGCGCCUGAUCGUACCCAACAGUUGCGUCAGGCGAAGGAAGUCAUCGCCUCGCUCGACAGUUGCGGAGAUCCCACAGUCGUGCAACGCUGGAUCCUGCACUUGGAAGGGUGAUGGCCUUAAAUUGGACGAGGCAGAAAAGAUCAUGGCAAUGCUUAGAUCUUUGGUGAGACAGGGAUUCUGUGCCGGCACAGCUGACCAGGCAGCCGUGCAGAAGAACCGCAGCCAGGCCUUCCGUGGCCCCGCUCGUUUGCAAGAUCCGACUGCCACUGGGCAGAACUUGGCCAAAUCUGCAGACAUCUUCACCGCAUGGUUCAGUCUCUCGUGGGAUUCUGGCAACUGCUCCCAACAGUGCCAUAUCCCAGGCGCAGGCUGGCCGAGAUGUGGUUGCAAAUGCGCAGGUCGGCCAGAGGCAUAUGCUAGCAAAGAAUCUUGCAGACAAGGGUGCGGUAGAUUCCAGGAGCAUUCCUAA